AUGGAAGUUGGCCUGAAUUUCAAGGAAACUGAGCUGUGCCUCGGCCUUCCCGGUGGCGGAGGCGACAUCAAGACCAGCGGCAAGAGAGGCUUCUCAGAAACCGUUGAUCUCAAACUCAACCUUCAUUCCGACGACUCAGAUCUGAAGGAGACCGUUUCCUCAUCUUCAACCGCUCCUCUUAUUAAGGAUCCAGUCAAACCUCCAGCCAAGGCACAAGUGGUGGGAUGGCCACCCGUGCGGUCAUUCCGCAAAAACGUGAUGGAGGAGGAGGCGGCGUUGGUGAAGGUGUCGAUGGAUGGAGCGCCGUAUCUUCGGAAGGUCGACCUGAAAAUGUACAAGGGCUACAAACAGCUCUCUGAUGCCUUGGCAAAGAUGUUCAGCUCCUUCACCAUGGGUAAUUAUGGGAGCCAAGGUAUGAUAGAUUUCAUGAAUGAAGGGAAAUUAAUGGAUUUGUUGAACACUUCUGAUUACGUUCCCAGUUAUGAGGAUAAGGAUGGCGACUGGAUGCUCGUCGGGGAUGUUCCAUGGGAGAUGUUUGUUGAGUCUUGUAAGCGUCUCCGUAUUAUGAAAGGAUCUGAAGCCGUUGGACUUGCACCAAUAGCUAUGGAGAAAUGCAAGAGCAGGUGCUGA